AGAACUAUGCUGAUUACUUUGGUUCUUGCAUACAAAUUUCUUAAUCUAACAGACCUUCAGAAUGUACUGAAGGCAAAUCAGGUAAUAUGGAUUCGUCAUAGAAAUUACGACCAGCAUAUCGGACGCCAGCACUACUGCGAAUAUUUUGAAAUAGCCGGACCAAAACCUCCUAAAUACGUAACUGUUCAACAUUACAAGGUGGGCAGGACAUGGCGAAGGAUAUUUCGAGAAGCAUACGCGACGGCUCCAGAAAAGCCAUAUAGAGGACCUAUGUGGGUUUUGAAGAAAUUCAACGAGACCUUAUGUGAUAUGUUUGUUUGGGACGAUCGUGUUGAGAAAGAAAAUCCCACUUGUGAUAAGGCCUAUGAUAAGCUGUGUGGGUACAAGAAGUACAAUAUAUACAAUCCUACCUGCCUCCCAGCAUGGAAAAGGUGGCAAGGAGGCGUCAUAACCUAAAAGCUUCAAAUAAAUAGGGACAAGCUGUAAUUAUGAAUGGUUUUUAUGGAUGGCUUAUAAUUCAUAUGAAACUGAUAUGUUGAAAUAAAAUAUAUUACUCUGCCGCAAUAAAGCUGAGCAAUAGUUGUCAACUUAUAUUUUUGGUAUGCUGCUUAUAACCAACAGACGAACCUGUUCUAUG